AAAUAUUAAAACAGCUGACAGCUGCGUUAUUCGCGUGUUGCAGCUUGCAGAGCGGUCAGAUAACGAUUAAGUUUCCCCCAAUCAUGUCGAAGCGCGUACAACCGGCGUGGCAAGCCCCAAAGCCUUCCACACGUCCGCAACUACGAUUGUACAACAGUCUAACGCGACAGAAGGAAGAGUUUGUUCCCCUGGAGGGCAACAAUGUGACUUGGUAUAGCUGCGGCCCCACGGUCUACGAUGCUUCGCACAUGGGACACGCAAGAUCUUACAUUUCGUUUGACAUUCUGCGACGCAUAUUGAGCGACUACUUCGGCUACAACGUGCACUAUGUGAUGAACAUCACGGACAUCGAUGACAAGAUCAUUAAACGCGCCCGGCAAUAUCAUUUGUUUGAGAAAUAUGCGACAGCUUCUGCGGAAUUGCCCCUAGAGCAAUUGCUGAGUGAACAGAAGGAAGUGCUGACGCAAUUGCAAGUGAAAUGUGACAAGAACACCGAUGCCGAUAAGAAGGUAAUGCUGGCGAAAAUGUUGCAACGCAUGACCGACGCCAUGGAGGCACUGACUAAGGCUGUAACGGGCGGAGACGAAGAGCAAAUCGCCAAGACAAGAGAUCAUUAUUUGGGUGAGGCAAAGGAUCCAAUUGCCGAAUGGUUGGAUGCCAAACAAGGUGCCCAAGUGAAUGACAACACUGUGUUUGAGGCGCUGCCGCGUUAUUGGGAAGAUCAGUUUCACAACGAUAUGAAAUCGCUUAAUAUACUGCCACCAGAUGUGCUGACACGAGUUUCAGAGUAUGUGCCACAGAUUGUAGCCUUCAUACAGCGCAUCAUUGACAAUGGCCUGGCCUAUGAUGCCAACGGUUCGGUUUAUUUCGAUGUCAAUGGCUUCGACAAGCGUGAUAAGCAUCACUAUGCGAAGCUGGUACCGGAGGCCUAUGGUGACACAGCAUCACUGCAGGAGGGCGAAGGUGAUUUAUCCGUGACCGAGGAUCGGCUGUCAGAGAAACGCUCGCCCAACGAUUUUGCUCUGUGGAAAGCUAGCAAGGCUGGCGAGCCAUGGUGGGACAGUCCCUGGGGACGCGGUCGUCCCGGCUGGCACAUCGAGUGCUCUGCCAUGGCAUCGGACAUAUUUGGAGCCACAUUUGACAUACACACUGGUGGCGUAGACUUGAAAUUUCCACACCAUGACAACGAGUUGGCUCAAUCGGAAGCGGCCUACGAUGAAGCCGAAUGGGUUAAGUAUUUCCUGCACACGGGUCAUCUAACAAUAGCCGGCUGCAAGAUGUCCAAGUCAUUAAAGAACUUUAUCACGAUACAAGAGGCCUUGAAGAAACAUUCAUCGACGCAGCUGCGACUCGCAUUCCUUUUGCACUCAUGGAAGGACACGCUGGACUAUUCGGAGAACACCAUGGAAAUGGCCACGCAGUACGAGAAGUUCCUUAAUGAGUUCUUCCUGAACGUCAAGGACUUGACACGCGUGGUGUUAACGGGCAAAGCUAUGGAACAGUUCACCGAGUGGACUCAGCUAGAAGCAACACUGCAGUCAAAGUUUGGCGAGGCGCAGACACAAGUGCAUGCGGCGCUUUGUGAUAACAUUGAUACGCGCAGCGCACUUGACGUCGUGCGUGAGCUGGUAUCAAACACCAACAUCUAUAUACGCGACAACAAGGCCAAGCUGAACCACUUGUUGCUUCGCAAGAUUGCCACAUACAUAACGGAUUUGCUGCAUACUUUCGGUGCCAUUAGCGGACCACGUGGCGGCAUUGGUUUCCCACUGGGCGGUGGAUCAGCAGACUCGAAUAAUGCCGGCAGCAUUGAUCAGGAAACACUUGUUUUGCCCUAUGUUCAGUCGGUGGCUGAGUUCCGUAACUUGGUGCGCGAACAAGCUAAGGUGCUGAAAGCCUUUGACAUUCUGAAAUUGUGCGACGAGCUGCGUGACGAUGUGCUGCCCAACUUGGGCGUGCGGCUGGAGGACAAGGAUGAUGGCAAAUUCGCUGUUAAAUUGGUCGAUCGCGAAACACUUUUGCGCGAACGCGAGGCGAAACAAGCUGCCGAAGCUGAACGGGCUGCCGAAAAGGCGCGCAAGAAGCAAGCGCUGGAGGCAGCUGCAGCUGCCAAGGAGGCGCAACGCCGUGUCAAUCCCAAGGAGAUGUUCCUCAGUGAAACUGAGAAGUAUUCGGCCUUUGGCGAAGAUGGACUGCCCACACUCGACAAGGAGGGCAAGGAGAUUAGCAAGGGACAACUGAAGAAACUUCAGAAACUCCAGCAACAGCAGGAGCAACGUUACAAAGAGUAUUUGGCCAGCGUCAACGCAGCCUAGAAUUAAGUGCACUCAAUCAUUUUAUAUAGCAUUUUUUGAUAUUACGUUUGUACACGCAGAAAAACACACAUGAUUUUGAAUUGAACUCGCUUUCGAGCAACCAGAUAAAUGCAGUUAAAGUUUAUUAUACACACUUUUGAUAAAAUGCCCGUCAUCCAUCAGCUUAAGUAAUAAAGACAAGAAUUCGAACAGCA